CUCGAACUAAACUGGAAUCACCUAAUUGCCGUGUACGUGAUCUAAUUUGAUAUGAGACUCUAAUCAGCAGUUUUGAAAUAUUUUAAACACGUGUUGAAUAUAUAUAAAAGCCGAUCGAUUCGGGCUUAUUAUUGUCACCGGUGGAACAUAUAAUUCACCAUGAAGAUCGCUCUGGUCCUUCUUUCAAUUGUGCUUGCAGUUAGCUGCACACCAAAAUCCUACAAUGGAUACCAAGUUUGGCGUGUCACGCCAAAAAGCCAAGAGGCUUUGGACUUGUUAAUGCAUUUGCGCAAUGCUGGCAACGAAUACAUCUUCUGGAAUGACAACGCUUUGGUAGGCCGUCCCAUUGACAUCAUGGUACCUCCAACCAGGCACUCUGCUUUCUUCAGCAUGCUCAACGCUACAGCCGCUGAUAGUGAAUUAUUCAUGAACGACGUUCAAUAUUUCAUUGAUCAUGAAAGACCAAAGAACAGGAAGGCUCGUGUGUUCGACUGGACCGAUUAUGGUACCCUUGAUGAGGUCCACGCAUGGCUGGCUGAACUUGCAGAUAAAUACGACGAAGUUGAAUUGGUUGAAGCUGGUCACAGUUAUGAAGGUCGCAAGAUCGUGGGUGUGAAGGUUUCUUACAGCCCUGAAAACGAAAAUCGCGGCAUCUUCCUUGAGGGUGGUAUCCACGCUCGUGAAUGGAUCUCAUCAGCUGUAGUCACCUACACUUUGAAUGAGAUUCUCACCAGUCAAGAUCCGGAAGUCCGUGCCUUGGCCGAAAGCCACGAUUGGUAUGUCUUCCCCAACAUCAACCCUGAUGGUUACGUCUACACCUUCGAAGAAGAUCGUAUGUGGCGUAAGACCAGAACCCCAUACAAUGGUUGCUACGGUGCUGAUCCAAACAGGAACUGGGGCUGGAAGUGGAAUACCGCUGGUGCCUCCAGCUACCCCUGCUCUGAAACCUACGCUGGACCUUCUGAGUUCUCCGAAGUUGAAAUGAGGACUUUGUCCGAAUACAUUUCCACCAUUGGUCACAAAUUGGAAGCUUACAUUGCUCACCACUCCUACUCGCAAUACCUCCUUAUUCCAUUCGGUCUUUACAACGAAUACCCCGACAACUACGAUGAAUUGUACUCUGUUGGUGUUACCGCCAUGAAAGCAUUGAAAAGCGUGCAUGGAACCGAAUUCAUUCCCGGCCAAAUUGUUGAUUUGUUGUACGAGGCUUCCGGUGGUUCUAUGGAUUGGGUCAAGGGUGUCUUUGAUACCAGAAUUACCUACACCUAUGAGUUGAGAGAUACCGGUCGCUAUGGCUUCGUUUUGCCUGCUAACCAGAUCAUUCCCUCUGGAGAAGAGAACAUGAAGGCCCUGAUCACCAUGUUCCAGGAGUUCGAGAAGAGGAACAUUGUUGUUGUAUUAGUUCGGAACCUCCCGCUAAUUACAUUUUUAUUACUGACCUCAAAAAUGAGGUCUAAAUUGUUUAUUUUGAUUCUCGUAUCAGUAUCAAUUGCCGAGGUAGUGAAAUACCAUGGUUAUCGCGUAUACAGAACAAAAGUGUCGACGGAAAACGACUAUGACGAUUUAUUAGCUUUGGAAAACAAUCAAAAUUACACUAUCUGGUCCAGCCUUUCUGGUUCUAGCCAACAUGUAGAUGUAAUGGUCUCUCCGGAACAUACGAAUAACUUUCUGAAAACGUUUCCAUUUGCGGAACUGUUUAUAGAUGAUGUUCAAACGUUGAUUGACAACGAAAGACCAGCGUCGAUGAGAAAAUCAUUACGUGUUGGUUCAAUGGAUUGGGAAAGUUACCAUACUUAUGAAGACAUAAAGAAAUGGCUUAAACAGUUAGAACAAGAACAUCCUGGUGUUGUGACGGUACAAACUGUUGGUAAAUCCUAUGAAGGACGUGAUAUUGUAUGUGCACAUGUGUCUUAUAACGCAGCGAAUAAACAAAAAACAGUAAUGUUAGAAGGUGGAAUGCAUGCGCGUGAAUGGAUUGGUGUUGCUUCAGUGACUUAUAUAUUGAAUGAAGUGUUAAAUUCAAAAGAUAAAACAUUUCGAGAUAUUGCCGAAAGUCACGAUUGGCAUAUAUGUCCCAUUUUUAAUCCCGAUGGAUAUAGUUAUACGUUCACAAAUAAUCGAAUGUGGCGUAAAACUAGGAAACCUUAUGGUUUCUGUUAUGGCGCAGAUCCAAACAGAAAUUGGGAUUAUAAUUGGCGAAGCUCAUGGAAUCCUUGUGCUGAGACAUAUCCCGGCUCGAGAGCAUUUUCUGAACCGGAAACAAAAGCUAUAUCAGAGCAUCUAAAAAAACUCGGUCCCGAUUUAAUAUCAUACUUUUCAUUCCACUCUUAUUCACAACUUCUAUUAAUUCCAUAUGGCGACAGCGCAGCUCAUAGAGAUAACUACGAUGAAUUGUUCUCAGUAGGAAAGAGAAUGGUUGAAGAAAUAAAUGAGUUUGGAACUGAAUAUCAAGUUGGAAAUAUUGUAGAAAUUCUGUAUCCAGCUUAUGGAAACAACGUGGAUUGGGUAAAAAAUAGUUUUAAAACUAGAAUGACCUAUAUUUAUGAACUAAGAGACACAGGAAAGUAUGGUUUUCUGUUGCCACCUGAUUUAAUUAUUCCUUCCGCAAAAGAAGCAUUGACAGGUUUAGUUACAAUGUUUCAAGAAUUUCAAAAAAUUGAUAAUAAUGUGGUUGGGUAAUACAUAAAUGCAACUUUAACAAUAAUAAGUACUUGGUUUAAACCAAAAUUGCUCUCAAUAAAAUAAAUCAUUUUACGAUAA